GACAGCACGCGAUGGCGUCCGUCGCCGCAUGGCUGCCGUUCGCGCGCGCCGCGGCCAUCGGCUGGGUCCCCAUUGCCACACACCCCCUGCCCCCGCCCCCCGUCCCCAAGGAUCGACGCCGAGCUGAGGAUGAGAAGCUCCUCAUCAACGUCUCCGGGAGACGGUUCGAAACCUGGCGGAACACCCUCGAGAAAUAUCCCGACUCCCUCCUAGGUUCCUCUGAACGCGAAUUCUUCUAUGAUGAAGACAGCCGGGAGUACUUCUUCGAUAGAGACCCCGAUAUAUUCAGGCAUAUACUCAAUUAUUAUAGGACGGGUAAACUGCAUUACCCAAAACACGAGUGCUUAACUGGUUACGAUGAGGAAUUAGCUUUCUUCGGCAUCCUCCCGGACGUUAUAGGUGAUUGUUGCUAUGAAGACUACAGGGACAGAAAGCGGGAGAAUGCCGAACGUCUCAUGGACGACAAGCUCAGUGAAGCUGGCGACCAGAGUCUGCCCCAGCUUACAGAUCUGCGGCAGAAGAUGUGGCGGGCGUUCGAGAACCCGCACACGUCGACUGCGGCUCUAGUAUUUUACUAUGUUACCGGAUUUUUCAUUGCCGUCUCUGUGAUGGCGAACGUCGUAGAGACGGUACCCUGCGGGCACAGACCUGGCCGCGCGGGGACCCUGCCCUGCGGGGAGAGAUAUAAAAUAGUAUUUUUCUGCUUAGACACAGCUUGUGUGAUGAUUUUCACAGCUGAAUACUUACUGCGACUGUUCGCUGCGCCGGAUCGUUGCAAGUUCGUUCGAUCCGUCAUGUCCAUUAUUGACGUGGUGGCUAUCCUGCCUUACUACAUAGGGCUGGGAAUAACUGACAAUGAUGACGUCUCCGGGGCGUUCGUGACCCUGCGGGUGUUUCGAGUGUUCCGAAUCUUCAAGUUUUCCCGGCACUCCCAGGGACUGCGGAUCCUGGGCUACACGCUGAAGUCGUGCGCCAGUGAACUCGGCUUCCUUGUGUUCUCCCUGGCGAUGGCUAUCAUCAUAUUCGCAACUGUAAUGUUCUACGCUGAGAAGAACGAACAGGACACAAAUUUCACAUCCAUUCCAGCUGCCUUCUGGUACACCAUUGUGACAAUGACCACCCUGGGAUAUGGUGACAUGGUACCAGGCACCAUAGCGGGCAAGAUAGUUGGAGGCGUGUGCUCCCUCUCCGGAGUGUUAGUGAUAGCCCUGCCCGUGCCCGUCAUCGUCUCCAACUUCUCCAGGAUCUACCACCAGAACCAGAGAGCUGAUAAACGGAAGGCGCAGCGGAAAGCCCGGCUCGCCCGAAUCCGCAUAGCCAAAGCGUCAUCAGGCGCGGCCUUCGUCUCCAAGAAGAAAGCAGCUGAAGCCCGCCUCGCCGCCCAGGAGUCUGGCGUGGAACUGGAUGACGCUGGGCGGGAUGAAGACAUCUUCGAGUUGCAGCAUCACCACCUGCUGCGGUGCUUGGAGCGUACCACGGAUUUUCAAAAACAAUCCGACAAAACAUUCCAGGAUCGUGAGUUUGUCGAAAUGGAGAACCCAUACAACGGCGCGGUGAAGCGUCCGGGCUCGCCGUCCCCGCUCGCUUCGCCCGCGCACUCGGGCCGCGCGCCCGCGCUGCUCGCCUGCUGCGCGCGCUGCGGCUGCUGCCCGCAGAAGUACCAGAAGCGUCGUCGUUCCGUACGGUGCGUCAGUCCGAUCGGACUCGCUACGGGUCCGCGUCGUGAGGUCCUGCUAUUAGACUCGAGUAGAAAAAGAGCGCGAGGUACUCGGAGGUACACGGCGACGUCUCGGCCCUCGGACACGUCCGUGUCGGCCGCGCCCAGCGAAGACCCCUUACCACAAGCGUGUGGCAAGUACAUUCCAGCAGGCAGCACGGUGCAGGGCAACCAGACCGGCGUGGCGAUGGACGGCACGUACCUCGUUGAAGCGUCGUUCUAGGACCCGUCUACUAGCGCUCAUGUUGAGAGCUAUGUGUAACGAGAACUGACUCCUGAGUGACAUUUGCCGCAAUUAUUAGGUUAUGUCUACAGCAUCUAACGUGAUACUGCCCGAUCGAGAUAUCAUAGAUUUAGACAUUCGGAUGGAGACCUGUAUGAGCUCGUCUCGCUCCAUUCGCGAAGGAUUUGGCAAACAGAAUGACGGUACCGAUGUGGAUAACAGAAUCGCAAUGAGCGUUAGUCGUAGGUAGUAAAUUCAAUUAUAGUGUGUGUUUAAGAUAAUAUAAUUUGCGCUAUCUAGGCUUUUUAAAAUCUUCAAGUCUUCAGGUCACGUGUUUCUAAUAGAAAGGACUGUAUCAAAUAACUCGCUCGAGGUACGCGUUCGAAAAGACAGCUUUCAAUAGUCGGGGAAGUCGAAGAAUCAUAUCAUGUUAGGCGAAUAGUUCGAUUCAGAGGAAUUGAGCACUGGGAAUCCUGUUUUCGGUUAUAUCAGGAUGCUAGUGCCUUCGGAGAUCAUUGAUACAUUAAACUGUUACUCUGUGUUAGUGAAGUAUAGUUAUUAGAUAUUCUCUUAUUAAAAUUAUCUCGAUAUUAUCGGCGCGUAGCGGUCAAUCUAACUGUUUGUACUUAUCUGUGGGUUUCGACCAGAUGUCAGUUUGACAGCUGUUUUGGCGCGAAUUCGUAAAGUUGAAAGCUUCUUGGUUAAAGAAUGUUGACUGUUUGUUGAUAAGAACUAUAUGCAGUGAUAUUUAAUUUAGUUUGCCUACUCGAUAUCUUAUUUGAGGUUUAAUGAUAAGUAAGCGACGCAACGUGCUCGCGUCAUAUUUUAAUGUAUUUCUUAUUGGCACGGACUAUUCGGAAAUAAGGAAAUUUCAAAUAUGUAUUGCCAAUUGAUCUGUAUAUAUAUUUAAAAUACGCUACGUGCCACGUAUUAAACAUUGAUAUUACGACUCAUUGCAACGCGCAAUGUAUAAAAUAAUAAAAUUCUUAUCCAAUGGAUGUUUUAAGUCCUUAGACCCUUAUAAAUAUGUCUUAUGAAAGCUAUAGAGAAAUAAUGUUAUAUAUAGAUAGAUGAAUUUAUGUGGUUAUGAUAGAGAUUUAUUUAAUAAUUAAAUGUUAAAACAUAGCCUUAAGUAUAAAUAACCGUGGGAGUUUGCAUUGAAUGCAUGUUUUGAUUACGUAGGUUAAUUUUAAUUUUUAGUAGUCGUGGGAUCGUUGGUUACGAAGAAAGAAGAAGAUAAAGGGAAUAAAAUACUACGUUAUUUUCUCAUUAAUAAAGAACAUUUUAUACUUAAACUCGAAUUACAGUUUUUCAUACAAAUGCACAUCGUAUAGAGACGACUUGAAGACUUCUCCGCUUUUUUACUUUUUCAAUGCUAGCCAAAUUAAAUUAUUAUUAAGAACAGUAUAAUUGAUUUUCUAUAUUUGGGUAUAGCGUAUAAAAUGUUCUUAAUUGUAUAGUGUCGAAUGAUUGAGGAAGGACAAACUUUUUCCGGUUUUUCAACGAUCCCACGGUAUAAUCUGUAAACCGAAUUCAGUGUUAAUAAUACUUCUUCCAAUAAUGCCAUUAUAAUUAUCUAUUAAUAUUCGAAAGUAGACAUUCAAUUUGGUAUAUUAUAAAAUUAAUAAUUGUAUAAGAAACGAAUAAUAUUAAUUCUCUAAUUCUUUUUACCUAUAUCUUCUUUUUUAUUGUAAAUCUGGUAAUUCUUAAUUGCUAAUAAAUAUUUAUAAUUGAGCCAAUAAAGGAUAAAAUUAAAAUAUUGGUUAUUUAGUACGUGUGAGUGAAGAAGGAAUACGUGUGAGUGAGAUGUGAAACAAUAAGUUGAUUGCAUUCUUUAUUGGCGCGUAUUUCAAGAACCUUCUCGAAAUAAUUAUUCAAAUUUAAAUUUUCUCCUAAUUCCAAUUUCAAAUGCGUCAUAAUAAAUUUACGUCAGAAUUCGUAUGUAUUGAUAAUCUGUUCCCUGUGAUUCUUAUGGCUGUAGAUGUUUCUAAAUGUAUAAAAUAUUUAUUAUCUGUCCAGCGUUUAGAUUCAUAUGAAUUGUAUUGGUAAAUAAUUAUACCAAUGAUAAUAAAUAUCUAUUUCAAAUUUAAAAAUACAAUAAAUAAAGAGCAAGAUUUAUAUUCUGAAUUUAACUUGAAAUUUCGAUAGCAUGCAAUUUGAAAAAAACUUAUUUAUCAAACUAUAAUAAUAAUUAUAUUUGGAUUGGUAUUACAAUUGUAAAAAAAAAAUAACAUCAAUCGAUUUCAGCAAGAUUGGUAAACUUUAAUGCAUUUUUAUGUCACGACAGAUUUUUAAAAUAAUGUCAAAUUAAUAAACGUCGUGAUAUUUAUUUUAAGUGACACGAGGCCUAUGUUUAAAAUAC